AUGAACGUCGCAACUGCACCCGCUACUGCUAUUCCACGACCAGCAGCCCCAAAAAUCGCUCGAUCGAAUUUGAACGGCGUUUGGAAAUUGGACAAAACCAAAGGGCAAUGGCACAUGCGAGGCUACCUACAAACCCUCCAAGUCAAUGAAUUAGCCAUUCAAGCUCAUGAAAAGGGAGAGAGCGAUCAAGAAACCUAUCACAGUAUCUCUUUGGAAGAUACCACUCUGAAAAUUAUCAAACGAUCCCGGGUCAAUAAUGAUUUGGUGGUGGAAUUGAACCUGGGUGAAGAAAAGGUGGAAUACUUGCAACCCGGUGAACGUCCCAAGAAAUCACUGGCUACUACCGAAAAUCCUGCCACUCAUUUGCGGAUCGAUUCUUCCUUGUUGACAAUGAAUGGUAUGGCCCAUGUCACGGAUAUCAAACGAUUGGUGGAAGAUGGCACCAUGCUGUUUCAAGAGUUGACAAUAUUGAACGAACAAACGGGAGCCCGAAAUAUUACCACCCGGUAUUUUGUACCAGAAGAGACUAUUGUUUUGGGGCGCAGCAAUUUGGCGGAUCAAAUGGAAGAUUGA